CUUCUUCAAUCUUGGGGAAUCGACGCCAGCCCUCGCACACACUGUUCACGUCCCGCACUCAACAUGUCUUUGCCGUCGCUUGCGAUUCCCGGCCAGGUGAUUGCCGCCUCGAGCGAUCUGGCUCCCGGUCCGGGCACGUUCCAAUGCGAGCAGCGCAUCGCGGCGUCGAUUCUGGGGGUGCCCUCCAGCCAGAAGAGCAGCAUUGCGCCGAAGGGCCCCAAGAUACUCAGCAUCGCCCCCUCUGCGCGGACGCCGCGCCUGCCGCAGAUCAACGCCGUCGUGUACGCGCGGGUGACCCGCAUCGAGCGCCAGCAAGCCCGCUGCACCAUCCUGGUCGUGUCGGACACGGUGGCACCGCAGCCGCUGCGGGCGCUGCUUCGAAGCCAGGACGUGCGCGCCACGGAAAAGGACAAGGUCAAGCUCGCCGAGUGCUUUCACGUCGGCGACGUCAUUCGCGCAACGGUUAUCGGCCUGGGUGACCAGUCCGGCUACUACCUGAGCACGGCGGGCAACGACUUUGGCGUCGUCAUGGCCUGGAGCGACGCCGGCAAUGCGUGCGUGCCCAUCAGCUGGUGCGAGGUCCGGGACACGGAAACAGGCCUGAAGGAGGCGAGGAAGGUUGCCAAACCGGUGUGAAGGUAGCACCGCGGCGGAUGCGUCGAAGUGGCAGAACACAGAGCUCGUCCUCGCUACGGACGUUUGCCCUUUAGGUUUGAGCACGUCACGUUCGGAUGGGCACCUCGCACACGCAACGACCUGAGGGAGCAACCCUACCCCUUGACAGAUUGUCGCACACGCCGUGGCACUUUUCGAAAGGCGAAUCUCACCAUGCUGUGAACGCCAAUCAGCACUCGCGCCGGUAGCCCUUUGCCUAUAUUUUGAGGGAACACAGCGGAACAGCUAUAGAUAUAAAUACUGUGUGGCCGAAGCGUUGGGGAACACAGAAUCGAUGUUAAUGUGGUCAUGAAUCUCAUUCAUAUCUAAGAAAAAUGCACGCACUGUCAUACACUAAAUCUUUGAGAUGAGGCGAUUGGGUGUACGCGCUCCAGAAGCAAAUUAAGGAGUGCCGCAGCUGCCUCUUAAUACCCAAACAACAAACAGUAGAUUAAACAGAUAUUCCAUUUUUGUCCAUUGCUUGCUUCGAUAUGCAAUUUGUUUUUUCUUUCCAAGAAGAGAUGCACAUGUAUGAGAUGAAUGAAUUUGUUCUUAACUUUUGCGCGGUCAUAAGUCGUUAUGAGCUAACUUUUUGGGGGUAUCGCAUGGUUCGAAUGCGCAGAUGUGACAUGUAAUCAGUGAAUUGCAGUCAUGGGACAUAUAUGAUGAUAAUGUGUCCUGUAUCAAACAGUUUUGCUGGGAUCUUCGCGCAUGUUAAGAUCGGAUUGGGUUUGGUUUGUGGCCGUCUUCUGUUGGUCUUUCUUGAUUUCUUGCUGCUUCACUCCGUUGAGAGCGUCGAUUAGUGCCCCUUGAGCAUUCCAGUCAGGCACAUGAUAGUGUUGAAU